UACCUCGCCUGCUUACCCUCGUCUCUUUUGAUUAGAUUUACCUAUACGGCUGAAGCCAUCGCCGGCGUCAAUUCUCCGGCACACUCACCACCGUCCGAUCUGAGCUGUUCUCGAAUCCAUCGGUUAGCCCAUGUCGGUGUUAGACGAGGAAGACGAGAGCUUGGCUCAUUUCCUCGAAUCAGAGGUCCUGUCCGAGGUCUCUGACCAGGAGGAUGCGAAAACAGAGGAAGAGCCCAAAGCAAAGAGAGUGUGUGUGAAUGAGAAUGAGAAUAAGGAGGAGGGAGGGUCUUCAUCAAACAAUAACAAUAACAACAACAGCCGCAGCAGAAGCGUGCUAAAGAGGAUUGAGACGGGGCUCUUCAGUAAAAUCCCUCCUGAGCUCUUCCCUCACAUCCUCAAAUUCCUCUCUUCCGAGGAUCUUGUAGCGUGCUCGCUGGUCUGCAGAUUCCUAAAUAAUGCGGCGUCUGAUGAGUUUUUAUGGCGUCGCUUAGGAGAGAGGGAGAUUCGAACUAGAAACCUCCGCUUUAUAAGGUACUGUAUGAGAUGGGGUCUAUUGGCCCCUACCAACAAGUUACGUGAAUGUCCUUGGAAAAAGCUUUAUAUUCAGCGUGAUGAAGAGGACAUGGUUGAACUUGUUAGAAAUUGCCCAACUGAGUUUAAAGAGUACUACAUUCAAAUGCAAGCGGCCAAGAGAAGCCAAGUGCCUCUUCCGUCACAGGUGAAUGAUGACCGAAUAAUUCUUGACAAGACAGUAGCUGAUCAAGUGUCUCUGUGGAAAAGCAGUAAGGGCCUGACUGAUAAGGUUGUCACUGACCAUGCAUGUUCUGGUGAAACAUGUUCUUACUACCAUAUUGGAGAUGUAUUUAUUUGUGAGAAGACUGGACAGGUUCACGUCUGUGAUGAUACAUGCAGAGAAGUUAUUAUGGAUCCCAUCAAUGAGCUUUUGGUCUGUACGAUAUCUGGGCAUUGUUUUGAUAGGUUACUUUCACCGUCCGAAAUGGAGCCAGAUGCUGAACAGCAACAAGGUGGUAUGACAGACGAACCAGAACCAUUCAUGGGCUCUGGCCGCUUUGCACGAGCAUAUCUGUUAGGAUAUAAUUGCGCUGAUGAAAAGGAGCUGGAAGCUGCUUUGCGGUUUUGCUGAACCAACUAUGGGUCUCUGUCAUUGGUGGAUGCCUUUACUUGGCAUGUUCAGAAAUGGCAGUAAAUGUAAAAUUUUUACUAUUUGGAUAUCGAAGAUUGCUGGGGACAAUGAUGUUUAUGCAUCUAGAGUUAACAUAAGUGUUAGAUUACGUAACAGGGAAGUAUUGUUAUUGUUAGUGCUCUUGUUGCUCUGUGUUUGUGUUGUAGUUUUGUAAUAUAAGUUGAUUUUAGAUUUGCAGGUUGACAGUAUUUGCAGGUAGACCAGCAUAAAACAUGUGAAAUUUUCUUUA